AUGGCGAAUAACUCGUUCCGAGACUCUGUUAACUCACUAGGGUGGUCGCGUAGAGAUCCGGAUCUCCCCGUCAACACUGGCACGUCAUCGACCACUCCGUUCUUAUCCCGUCUACAGUCUUAUAACCCGUUCAGCGAUGGCGGUUAUGUUCAACUGCCUACUCACAAUGAAGGUCCUGGGGCCCCAUUGCCCGCAGCUACUCGACGGGAAGAAGAAGAGGGCUUCUUUGCUUUGAGUCGGUGGGACCGUAUGCUCAUCUUCGGCGCAUGUAAUUUGGGCGCCGCCGUCUGUUUCAUGAUCUGUUUCUUCUUGUUCCCCGUCUUGUCGCUCAAGCCCCGCAAAUUCGCGGUCUUAUGGUCCGUCGGCUCAGUCUUGUUUUUGUUAUCAUGGGCGGUUCUCAUGGGACCGUGGACUUACGCUAAGCAUUUGGUCUCGGGAACACGGUUGCCAUUCACAGCGGCCUAUUUCGGAGCGAUCGCUUUGACGCUCUACUUCGCCAUCGGGCGUCAGAACCUCUUCCUCACUCUCGUCUCCUCGAUCUUCCAGCUCGCUGCCCUCGUCUGGUACCUCGUCAGCUAUUUCCCCAUGGGCAGUACCGGCCUGCAAUACGUGGGUCGUUUCGGAGCAUCGCGUGUUACAGCUUGGAUUAGUGGUUAAUUUGUUUACUUGCUCGUG